AUGAAUGUCCAAUUAACAAACGAAGAUGGUACGAUUAUCUGGCUUCCCAUUUACACGAUGAAUGAGAGCCCCGAACUUAGCUGGUGGUACUGGGUUCUGAGGUCUUUAUUCAAUACAAAACUCCAACCAUUGUACGAUUUCAGAUCACUGGAAUUAUUUCUUCACAUUCCUGCGUUGAUUCUGACGGCUUUGGUUUGCCGAAUCGCAUCGAAAAACAGGAUUUUCCACGUCAACAUGACCAUCAUCAUUGUGACUUUUUUGGCUCAAUGGAUCGAAUGUUUCGUGGCGAGAUUGUGUAUUCUACCUUACCAAGAAGGUUGGAUUCAAGUUGGGGGUUUGUUCUUUAUGAUAUCAUUCAGAGCGGUAAAGAUAUGGAAAAAAAUAGUGGAAAAAAAUUUUCAAGGAAAUGACGCUCUGGACUGCAAAAAAAGCGUGCGGACCUUGCACGAUUGGGCGUGCGCUAUCGAUUUUUUGACCUUGAUUGAAAAUUAAUUUUUUUUUAGAAGUGAAUAUGUAUAUCUUUGUCACUGUGUUCAUUGUUCGACUAUUUCUUAUUCUAUUGUUUUUCAGUCAAGUUAUCUUUUUUUCGUUAAUUGAAAAAUUUUAUUGUAAUAAAUUUUUAAAAAGAAUAAUGAAAUUUAAUUUCUGUAACAGUUAUGGAAUGAAUUAUCAAGACCAAUUUUUUAAUGAUCUUUUAUUUUUUAAAUUGAUUUUCAAACAAAGCCCAAUUUCCUAGGUUUUUAGGCCUUCUCAAGACUUCUAUUGCAUGUAUUUUUCGUAAAAUUCAAAAAAAUAAAAAAAUAAAAAAUUUUCCAGGAGAAAACUACAAGUACCGAAGGAACAAAGUCUACCACGGUAUCCCAACGUUGCACUUAAGUUGCCAUUGGCUGUUAUUUCUGGGAGGAUUUCUCAGGAUUCACUACGUCUUUGCUAUGAUUUCUACUGUUACAGUAUUUGUCGUGGAACGGUCCAUCGCUUCUUUUUGGCUCGAGUUGGUUUUUCUUUUGGAUUCUCAAAUUAGAAAAGAUCUUAUUUCUUCGCAUAGUUAUCAGAAACUGAGUUUUUCAUUAAAAUCCGCUCACUUUUUUCUCGAAAUUCUUCAUUAUCAAUGGAGCGCAUCUUCUCAAAUUUAGGCUAUGGUUUUUAAAGUAACUUUUUAAAGUAACCACACCGCUUUUUUGAUUUCUCAGAAACUGAAGUUUUCAUUGUUUUUUGCUCAAUUUUUUUCUCGAAAUUCUUAAAGAAAAUUCGUCGUUAUCAAUGGAGCGCACUUUCUCAAAUUUUGGCUGUGUUUUUUUUUCUCAUUUUCUUUAUCGCUUUUUUUCGGCUUUUUUUGUAUAGUUUUUCAAUGUACUUUUUUUCUUUUUCAUCUAUGAAAAAGAAAAAAAGAACAUUGAAUAUCAGGUUUCCAUUGUCUUUUGCUCAUUUUUUCUCAAAAUUCUCGAAGAAAACUCGUCAUUAUCAUUGGAGCACAUUUGACGAGAUCUAGGCUAUUUUUUUUUCAGUGACUACGAGAAGAAAAAACGACGAUAUAUUUCUAUAUUGUUAAUACUUACGGCUGAAACUUUUACGAUUAUUUUUUCUGCAUUAAUUGUUUUGAAGCAGUUUUUCUACACGGUUACCCUGAUUAUAGUUCUAUCUAUUUUGGUCCCGUCAAUUUUGGUUAGUUUUGAGUUGAAAAAUCUUAAUUUUUUCAUCUCUUCAAUGUGUCCUUGUUGCAAAUAAUGGUUCAAACAAUAACGGUUCCCAGUGCAACCGACAAAAAACUACUUGCGUUCUAAAGCAUCCUGAAUAAUAGGAGAAAAGCCGCUCAAAGUCGGGCGCAGCUUGAGGAAUUGAUAAAGGAGAACUGUAACGCUUUGAGUCAUUUAAUGAGAAAUAAUAAAAUAUUUUAAUGACUCGUAAAUGUUUAGUGGUCUCUUUAGGGUUUGUAUUUUUUAUUGGUCACUGUAGCAGUCCAAUUAGUGACCACUUAAGUUAUUAAAAUUUGAUGGCUUUUUCAGAAGUCCAAGUGGUGCUACUAGAGACCGGUAUAGUGGUCACUAAGACGCAAAGCUCGGACUUUUAUAGAGAUGGUUUUAGUGGCCACUUUAGUGUCCUCUCCUAGUAGUCCCCGAGGAGCUUCUUAAGGGACCACUAGAGUUUUUUUCCUCAAAAACGAAGAAAGGGGGAUUUUGUGUCAUUCAUGUAACUUUGUGGCGUUCCAAAUGAGAAGAUCGUUAUAAUCAUUAUUUUUUUCCAGACAUAUUUCUAUCUCAAUUACUACAAUUUUAAAAUACAAAAAAGAAUGAACGAGCAAUACCGGACCUAUGCCUAUUCAUUGGCCAAGAGAUACCAGGCUCGCGAGAAUUUGAGAUGUUUAAAGGUUUGGAAAAAUGUUUUACGAGAAAAAGGCUUCCGAUUAGGAUAUAUUUGUGAAUCACUAAAUAAUUAUUUGAAUAGGAGCGCCAGAGUGAUCCCUAUAGGGGUCCUUUCUCUUGCUCCUUUCAAUGGAUGACUUUAUCCCCCUAUAGGGGCCACUAGAGCUUGCAAAGAUGGUAUUUUCCCCUGUAGGGGCCACUAGAGCUUGCACAGGCUGUAUUUGUAAGGGUUUUUUAGUGGCCACUAGAGGGGACAUGCUGGGCGAUUAUUUUUAACCUUAUAGGGGAUGUUUUCCCCCUGUAGAAACCGCUCUGGCGUUCUAAGUAAAGUCUGGAUGCCACGACUUGAAAUUUCACUGAACGACAUUCCGCUGUUCCGCUGCGUGCGUUCGCGAAGCGUCUUUCAAUUGAUUUUUAUUUCUGUGGGAGCUCAUGAAAGUAGAGAACCUUAAUAAAAGAAAAAAAAAAUUGAAAGCGCAACGGCACAGCGGAAUGUCGUUCGGUGAAAUUCCAAGUCGUGGUACACAGGCUAUAAAAAAAUUCAUUAUUGUUGUUGCUUUGCUGUCCUGGCGCCGAACUGAAACUUUUCUGGAAAAAAGUACAAAAAUUCUGUGCAAUUUAUAAAAAAACGUUUGAAUGAGACUCAAGGCUCUAAACGAUCUCAUAAAUAUACAAAACCUCAUUUUUCACCUUAAAUAAAGUUUAAAAAUGAACUUUAGUUGAUGAGUUAUCUGGUGGCCACCGCCGUCGGGACUCUCACUUUUAAUGGAAUUCUAUUGACUUUGGGAACAUAUCGAUUGGUUUCCGAUUUCGUGUCCAAUAUUAUGUUCUCCAUCAUGGAGGCCGUUCUGAAUUUGUAAGUUUUGUUUCUUAUGAAAAAAAUUCAAUAAAAAGUCUCAGACGCGAAAAAAACCAAAUUAAAUACUUUUUUGUUCAAGUUUCCCUUGUUGCAAAAACACCUGGCCGGAAGUUUUGAAUCAUGGAAAGUUGUGUAAUCUGUUUCAAACUUUGCUAUUACACCUGCAAAUUUGAUUCUUGCAGGUAAUAAGAUCAGGGAAAUGAAAUUAUGCGCUAUGAGCCAUAGAUAAGGGUUAUAAUAAAAUGAUAACACAAAAAUUGAAAAUACAUUUUUUUGAGUUUUAAAAAAGGAUAUUCGAAUUCCAAUUUCGAAAAAUGAAUUGAGCUGCUUGAAUGAGAAGAAGUUCAUUAAACUUGCAGGAAUUUCAGAGGGGUCCCUCCAGGGGGCUCAAUAAGGGCCCUAUGAGAGACCCCUUGAGGGACCCCAAACAAGCAUUAGUUUAUCGUUUAGAGACACCUUAAUCUAAGAUUUGUGUGCUUCAAGCAUUCUAGGGAGAAAAUUUGUUUUUCACAAGCUUUUCUUGCCUGAGUAUCACACAAUGCUUAUGUACUGGGAAAAUUUUUAGAGGCCACUAUAGGGUUUUGAAGUUUUAGUGCCCACUAUAGUAGUCAAAUUAGUGGCCACUUAAGAGGUUAAAAAUCAGGAGCCACUAUAGAGGUCUAGUGCUACACCACUAGAAAUCUUAGUGCCCACUAUAGGGGUCAAUGGAUCAAAAUAACUGGUCCAAUCUGUUUGUUUUAAAAUUAUGAGAGUUACUGGAAGGAAUACUGGAUGAAAAACUACUGACGUGGCCACUAAAAUGGAAAAUAGUGGCCACUAUUUAGGUGGGUUUAGUGGCCACUUAAGUGUCCUCUCCAAGUAGUCUUUGGCGAGCCUCUAUAGUGGCCACUAAAAAUUUUCCCAGACGCCAGAGAGGUGAGGAACAAAAAAGUGCUCCAUAUAGGGGUGAAGUUUAGGUGGUCCCUAUAGAGGUCUGACCGCAAAGCCUUCAAAGCUCGAGUGGUUCCUGAAGGGUAUUUUCAUUCAUAUUGAAAUUUAUGCGAGAAAAAAUUUUUUCUUAUAAGGUUCAUACCAUCAAUCGACUAACAUGACUCCUGUAGAGGCCACUUUUGCGAGCUUUAGUGGCCCCUCAUAGAGGAGAUAAAGUGGUCCCUAGAGAAGAGCCUCCAGGGGCCCUAUAUGGACCACUUUGGCGUUCCUAAGUGAUUUUAUAACUGAAGCUUUUAAAAAUUUCUGAAAGCAGUUACGAGUGGACUAUCCAUAUUCUGACCGUCAAAAAUUCUAGAAACGCUCUCUACAUCGCCCCGGUGACAAUACUGUCGAUGCCGACGUGGAGAACGGCCUUUCUGAAACAAAUCCCGCAUCUUUGCCGCCGUUUUCCGAAGAGAACAACGAAUCGAACGCAGGUUCAACCAAUCGGAGAGGCUGACGAGUAUUUCAACCAAUUUAAAAUGCUCUGGUAG